AUGGGGCUCUCUGCGGGUCUGUACAAGGGUACAUCAAAGGGGGAAAGGCUCGAGGCUCGAGGGUUCAGGUUGACCGCCGCCGUCGUCGUCGUCUCAGAACAACACGACAAGCCUGAUGGAUGGCCGAGCGGCUUCUCAGAAUCUCCACACGAUUUCUUCUGCCUGUCUUUCCCACAUCACGGGCUUUUCCUGCUUGGACCUCCACUCGGCCCCAAGGCCAGCGCCUGGCUUGAGCAUCUGGGCAUGGUUCCCACCUUAUCCUCUUUCUCGAUGGGGAUCGCGGCUCGGGAAGCCUCGCCAUUCGCCAGCGCCGACUCGGCGUCGACGAAGGACCAACUCCCCGGCAGACUCUAUCGGGCCAUAACUGCACCUGCGGGAUGGCGCAGCCUAGCUUGGGGGCUCCAGAGUUUCCACAUUUUGGGAGAUGGAUCUCUCUUGGAGCGUCCUCUCCUCUGCGGAAGUGCCGCAGAUGGAGCUGUGAUGCACGAUGUGCCUGGCGAGGUGGUUGUUUCAGCUCCCAAAAACAUCAACACACCGACAUGGUUCGUUCAACCGCAUACAAGGCCAUCGCGGCCGCCUCUCUCUUUUCGCGGUUCUCCUCCGCAGCCAUCACAGCCUGCCCGAACGAUGAGGCCGAAUGGGAAUCGCCCAUUGGAGUCAAGUACAACAGUCUGCCCUGGCUCUGACUACCAGUAUGGUGGUGGCAGUCUCCAAUAUGUUCAAAAUGUCCAGACCACGGUCGAGUGUGUCCAGAUCUGUGACAAGGAUGCUCGCUGCAACAGAGCCGUCUACGACAAGGAGCUCAAGGUUUGUCACGUUAAGGACACCAAGAACGAGAUGAACUGGGCAGCCGACGACCGUUUCGACUCUAUCCGUAUGACAAACGACUUUGUCGACGGCACAUUCCUUGCUACCUGCCCCUUCAAGGAGGAGGGCUACCGAGUUCCCAAGGGCAGCGCCGACUACCGUGUCUGCCGCGGCACCGAUUACACCGGCAACAGCGCCAAGAUUGUUCAGGAUGUGACGACCAUCCAAGCCUGCUCUGAGCUCUGCUCCAACACUCAGAACUGCAAGAAGGCUGUUUUUGACAACAUCAACAAUGUUUGCCACAUCAAGGCCGCCGAGCCCGAGACAUCUCUGUUCUGGGUUCAGAACAAGCAGUUCGACACCAUCCACGUCCCCGAGAACAUCAACCCGGCCGUCCAGGGCAAGUGGGGCGACCUCAUUCGUCUGCCCGUGAUUCCCGUUGCGGCUUACAUCGUCCCGUCCUACCCCGAGCCCAGCAGACUGCUGUUCUUCUCCUCGUGGGGUGUGGACGCCUUUGGCGGUGCUUCUGGCAUGACCCAGUACGGUGACUACAACUUCGCUACCGGUGAGAUUUCUGAGCGCGCCGUCACCAACACCCACCACGACAUGUUCUGCCCGGCCAUCAGCCAGCUUCAGGAUGGCCGCAUCGUCAUCCAGGGCGGCUCCGACGCCGAGGCCGUCAGCAUCUACGACCCGGCCACCAACAACUUCACUCGCGGCCCCGACUUGAAGGUUGCCCGUGGCUACCAGACUUCUACCCUCCUCUCCAGCGGCAAGAUCUUCACCAUUGGCGGAGCCUACUCUGGCAAGCGCGAGGGCAAGAACGGCGAGGUGUACGACCCCGAGGCCAACGAGUGGACCUACCUCCCCGGCGCCGACGUCACCCCGAUCCUGACCAACGACCACGAGGGCAUCUGGCGCGAGGACAACCACGCCUGGCUCUUUGGCUGGAAGAACAACAGCAUCUUCCAGGCCGGCCCGGGCAAGGACCAGCACUGGUUUGGCAUCGAGGGCACCGGCUCCGUCACCAAGGCCGCCACCCGCGACGACGACGACGCCAUGUGCGGCACCUGGGUCAUGUACGACGCCGUCGCCGGCAAGAUCCUCUCGGCCGGCGGAAGCCCCGACUACACCGACAGCGACGCCACCGUGCAUGCCCACAUCACCACCAUCGGCGAGCCGGGCACCCCGUCCGAGGUCGAGCGCGUGGCGGACAUGGCCUUCCCCCGCGGCUUCGCCAACGCCGUGGUCCUUCCCGACGGCCAAGUUCUCGUGACGGGUGGGCAGCGCAAGUCCCUCGUCUUCACCAACACGGACGGCAUCCUCAUCGCCGAGCUCUUUAACCCGGAAACCAAGGAGUGGAAGCAGAUGGCGCCCAUGGCCGUUCCGCGCAACUACCACUCCGUCGCGAUCCUCAUGCCCGACGCCACCGUCUUCACCGGCGGCGGCGGCCUGUGCUACGUCCAGCAGAUCCUGGGCUCCACGGCCGGCUGCGACAAGACGGUCGACCACGCCGACGGCGAAAUCUUUGAGCCCCCCUACCUGUACAACGCCGACGGCACCAAGGCUGCGCGGCCCGUCGUGUCCGGGGUCACCGAGGAGGCCGUCAAGGCCGGCGCGACGAUUACCUUUACCGUCGAGGGCGUCGAGGCCGGCGGCAAGGGUGCCAAGGUCACGCUCAUCCGUACCGGUAGCGUCACGCACUCGUCCAACACGGAUCAGCGCCGCAUCCCGCUCGACAACGUGCAGGUCGACGGCCAGUCUUUCUCCGCCAAGUUGCCCGAGGACUAUGGUAUCCUGCUUCCCGGGUUCUACUACCUCUUUGUCUCGAAUGCGCAGGGCACGCCUAGCAUCGCAAAGACUUUGCACGUUGUCUUGUAG